GACGUGCCGCCUCGCCCGCCGCACUCAUUCAUUAAGUAGCACCGCGCGGUGGCGCGGGGGUGGGCGCGCUUCCUGCGGCCGAGCGCUGGGUUCGCGGCGCGCCCUCCCGCUGCCUCUCCGGAGCCCCAGGGCCAGUAGAGUUUAGUUACUUCAAGAAAUAGAACAGAAUUCAGCCAUGGCCCCAAGGAAGAGAGGUGGACGGGGGAUUUCGUUCAUCUUUUGCUGUUUCCGAAAUAAUGAUCACCCAGAAAUCACCUAUCGGCUGCGAAACGAUAGCAACUUUGCUCUUCAGACCAUGGAGCCAGCAUUACCCAUGCCCCCUGUGGAGGAGCUGGACGUCAUGUUCAGUGAACUCGUGGAUGAACUUGACCUGACAGACAAACAUAGGGAAGCCAUGUUUGCACUUCCAGCUGAGAAAAAAUGGCAAAUAUACUGUAGCAAGAAAAAGGACCAGGAGGAAAACAAGGGAGCAACAAGUUGGCCCGAAUUCUACAUCGAUCAGCUCAAUUCCAUGGCUGCGAGAAAAUCUCUCCUGGCUUUAGAGAAGGAAGAGGAAGAAGAGAGAAGUAAAACUAUAGAGAGUUUGAAGACAGCGCUAAGGACAAAACCAAUGAGGUUUGUAACCAGAUUCAUUGACUUGGAUGGCCUGUCAUGUAUUCUCAACUUUCUAAAGACCAUGGACUACGAGACCUCAGAGUCUCGAAUACAUACCUCUCUCAUUGGAUGUAUAAAGGCGCUAAUGAACAACUCUCAAGGUCGGGCUCAUGUCCUGGCUCACUCUGAGAGUAUUAAUGUGAUUGCUCAGAGUCUGAGCACAGAGAACAUUAAAACAAAGGUGGCCGUGCUGGAAAUCUUGGGCGCCGUGUGCCUGGUUCCCGGGGGCCACAAGAAGGUUCUGCAGGCCAUGCUGCACUACCAGAAGUAUGCCAGCGAAAGAACCCGCUUUCAGACAUUAAUUAAUGACUUGGAUAAAAGCACAGGGCGGUAUCGAGAUGAAGUGAGUCUCAAGACUGCCAUCAUGUCCUUCAUCAAUGCAGUGCUAAGCCAAGGCGCGGGAGUGGAAAGUUUGGACUUUAGACUUCAUCUUCGCUAUGAAUUUCUGAUGUUAGGAAUUCAACCUGUAAUAGAUAAACUAAGGGAACAUGAAAAUUCAACAUUAGAUAGGCAUUUAGAUUUUUUUGAAAUGCUCCGAAAUGAAGAUGAGCUAGAAUUUGCCAAAAGAUUUGAACUGGUUCACAUAGACACAAAAAGUGCGACUCAGAUGUUUGAGCUGACCAGGAAGAGGCUGACCCAUAGUGAAGCUUACCCUCACUUCAUGUCCAUCCUGCACCACUGCCUCCAAAUGCCUUACAAGAGAAGUGGCAACACCGUUCAGUAUUGGCUACUGCUAGAUAGAAUCGUACAGCAAAUAGUUAUUCAGAAUGACAAAGGACAGGACCCCGACACCACACCUUUGGAAAACUUUAACAUAAAGAAUGUUGUACGGAUGUUGGUUAAUGAAAAUGAAGUUAAGCAGUGGAAAGAACAAGCAGAAAAGAUGAGAAAAGAGCACAAUGAGUUACAACAGAAAUUGGAAAAGAAAGAGCGCGAAUGUGAUGCCAAGACCCAAGAGAAGGAAGAGAUGAUGCAGACCUUAAAUAAAAUGAAAGAGAAACUUGAAAAGGAGACCAGUGAGCAUAAGCAAGUCAAGCAGCAGGUGGCAGAUCUCACAGCACAGCUCCACGAGCUCAGCAGGAGAGCUGUCUGUGCUUCGGUCCCCGGUGGACCCUCACCUGGAGCCCCAGGGGGGCCCUUUCCUUCCUCUGUACCAGGGUCCCUCCUUCCACCCCCACCACCUCCACCCCUGCCAGGUGGAAUGCUUCCUCCUCCGCCCCCUCCCCUUCCUCCAGGUGGCCCUCCUCCUCCCCCCGGGCCUCCUCCAUUAGGGGGGAUCAUGCCACCUCCUGGUGCUCCACUGGGUCUGGCACUCAAGAAGAAAAACAUUCCUCAGCCCACAAAUGCCCUGAAAUCCUUCAACUGGUCCAAGCUGCCUGAGAAUAAACUGGAAGGAACAGUAUGGACCGAAAUUGAUGAUUCAAAGGUCUUCAAAAUUCUAGAUCUUGAAGACCUGGAAAGAACUUUCUCUGCCUACCAAAGACAGCAGAAAGAAGCAGAUGCCAUUGAUGACACACUGAGUUCCAAACUUAAAGUCAAAGAGCUUUCGGUGAUUGAUGGUCGGAGAGCUCAGAAUUGCAACAUCCUUCUAUCGAGGUUGAAACUGUCCAAUGAUGAAAUCAAACGGGCAAUUCUAACAAUGGACGAGCAGGAGGAUCUGCCCAAGGACAUGUUGGAACAGCUCUUGAAAUUUGUUCCUGAAAAAAGUGAUAUUGACCUGUUAGAGGAACAUAAACAUGAACUGGAUCGAAUGGCCAAGGCGGAUAGAUUCCUUUUCGAAAUGAGCCGAAUUAAUCAUUAUCAACAAAGACUGCAAUCACUGUACUUCAAAAAGAAGUUUGCAGAGCGUGUGGCAGAAGUGAAACCGAAAGUAGAAGCAAUUCGUUCUGGCUCAGAAGAGGUGUUUAAGAGCAGCGCGCUGAAGCAGUUGCUAGAGGUGGUUUUGGCAUUUGGAAAUUACAUGAAUAAAGGCCAAAGAGGCAAUGCAUAUGGAUUCAAGAUAUCCAGCCUAAACAAGAUUGCUGACACAAAAUCUAGUAUUGACAAGAACAUUACACUUUUGCACUAUCUCAUAACUAUUGUGGAAAAUAAAUACCCCAAGGUUCUCAAUCUCAAUGAAGAACUGCGGGACAUUCCUCAAGCAGCAAAAGUAAACAUGACUGAGCUGGACAAAGAAAUAAGUACCUUGAGAAGUGGCCUAAAAGCAGUAGAGAUGGAGCUGGAAUAUCAGAAGUCUCAGCCCCCACAGCCCGGAGAUAAGUUUGUGUCUGUUGUCAGCCAGUUCAUUACAGUAGCCAGCUUCAGUUUCUCUGAUGUUGAAGACCUCCUAGCAGAAGCUAAAGACCUGUUUACUAAAGCGGUGAAACACUUUGGAGAAGAGGCUGGCAAAAUCCAGCCGGAUGAGUUCUUUGGCAUUUUUGAUCAGUUUCUUCAAGCUGUGUCAGAAGCCAAACAAGAGAAUGAAAACAUGAGAAAGAAGAAGGAGGAGGAAGAACGGCGUGCUCGCAUGGAAGCUCAGCUCAAGGAACAACGUGAAAGAGAACGUAAAAUGAGGAAAGCAAAAGAGAAUAGUGAAGAAGGCGGAGAGUUCGAUGACCUGGUUUCAGCUCUACGCUCAGGGGAAGUGUUUGACAAAGACCUUUCUAAACUGAAACGGAACCGCAAGCGUAUUACCAACCAGAUGACGGACAGCAGCCGAGAGAGACCUGUCACAAAACUUAAUUUCUAAUUUUCCUUGGAUACUUUUUUAGAAAGCUCAUUAGCAGCCCUUUGAAGUGACUAGAACUUUUCAUUACACUGCCUUGCAAUCCAAACAGUGGCAAUUUCUUCCUCCAUCUGUGAGUGAGUGCGCGAAUGUGUGUAUGUAAAUGUAUGUGUACAUAUAUAUUAAAAAAAAUGUAUAUAGGAGUCUGAGUGUUGUCUAGAGACCUAAAUGUAUGGUUAAAAAAAAAAAUCUAUGUUAAUGUAUGUGCUCAGAAAACUUUUGUGUAUGCAUUUGUAUUGGAUAUGGCUCAUUUUCUUCCCCUGAACACCACGGCUGUUCAGAAGCACAAUACUAUCUCCUGAAAGAGAUGACAGAGACAUUCCCUACACUAAAAAAUAAAAACAAAAGCAAAAAAAAAAAAAAAAAAAGGCUUGAGAAAUAUUUUAUGGUUUCCAAGCUUGAUAUAAUUUAAAAUUAUUUUCAUUGGUGAAACUGGUGUUGGAAAAAUAUAGAUUUAAAAUGGUUUUUGAUAGUUGACAAUGCGAUGCUGGUGUAUUGCAUCAGUAAUUGAGAGGACCAGCUUAGAAUUUCUGACGUUGGUGUAGGGGUAUAGUCUAUAAAUGUUUAUUGAGAACAUCUUGCACACAAUCUGAAUUAUGUAGAAUGUCAGUCAGACUUUUUUUUAUAUAUUUAGAACUUGGGCAUCAAUUUUUUUUUCUCUAAUUUCAUCGAGUUCUCUGCCAAGCACUCUUGAAGAUUUCUUUACAUUGCUUUUGAAAAAAGAACACUAUUUAUCUAAAUGCAAUUCACGCUCUUGUUAAAGAACAAGAUUCAGAAUGUGCUUAUUGUUCUAACAAUAUAGAUAUAUAAAUUUUAAAAAUAAAAUUUCCCACUAAGACCUAAAAGGAGGAAUUCUCUGAAAGGAUAAAAAUUAUUUAAAUUUCUUUAUGGGGUGCCUUCCCCCCCCCCCCUUUCUGUUUUGUAAGACAAGCUGCAUUUUCUGUCAGCAUAGGUCUGGACUAAAGGACACUUAGUGAAUGCAUGAAAUGUCAACAACACCAACAGAGAUGCCAAGAUCUAUUUAUCUCUAAGUACGUUUGAAGUGGUUUGUUGUUUAUAUGUUGUCAUUUUAAAUUGUGUGUCAGUAAAGCUACCUGUAAAAUUUCAGUCCAAAAGAUAAAGCUCUCAGGGAGAAAUGAAUAAAAACAAUGAACAUUAGAAAAUAAAAUAUAGAUGCUUACCAUUAACCUACCAACUCUUAAUAUCCUUAAAUUAUAUAUAAAGAGGACUGUUACUUUUUUUUUUUUUUUUAGCUUUGCUUUAUUUAUUUGUAGUGGGGGAGGGGGGCUAAGAUUCUCUCUCUUUUUUUUUUUUUUUUCUAUCAAUCCUGUUGUGGUUGGGUUUCCUGUGGAGAGAGUAGUUUGUCCUGUUGCACUAGAACAUUAUUUACUCACUAAAUUGAGUUUUUCAGUCAAUUAACAAAUAUUUAUUAAACACCUACUAUGUGCCAGGCUUAGUAGGGCUACAGUGAUAAGCAAGACAAAGUCCCUACCCCCACGGAGCUUAUGUUCUAGUGGGGAUAAAGGGGUGAAUAGAAUACCGAUAUGCGCUGUACAGGAAUCAUGCUAUUUAAAAAUGAUUUGUAUAAACUGUAAUGCUUAGUGCAGAUGGCAAGGUCUCUGCACUAUGUUAAAGCUGUGAAAUAGUGCUCUAAGAGUUGUCAAGAGCAGUGGUUUUACAUUCCCCCCCCCCAUCAUUGCAAACUUAGAGACUUUCUACCCAUUUUAUGGAAGUAAAUGACUCUAGCAAAUAAAAUGGUCAUAAACUCCCAGCAGAGGUUGUGCCCCCAGCCCCUAGUUACCAAGGUCUGCCAAUACACCCAGUUAAAGGUGCAAAGACUUUGCUCAAAAAGGCUUGGAGAUGAGGAAUGGGAGAUGCUGAUGGAUGUGUCUAUUCCUUAACAAAAGUGCCUCUAUCUUUUUUUCUAUUUAUAGCAGGAGAAAUUUGGUCUGGCUCAGUUUUGGAACUGUAUUUUGAAAAUCGCUUUGUUUUAACGGUUUAAGGAAUGGACAAGUGGGUGGAGUGUCACAUAAAGGAGCAAGUUCGUGUAGCAUGUCCCUCUUGCCCUUGUAAUCCUUCUCAUUUUGAUACGGCCAUCCUGGUAGGCCUUUACCAUUUCCAUUUUUGGUUUCUUUUCCCCAAAAGCUUUGUGCAGGUAAUUCCAUGUGCCAUUGUUGAAAAAAGAAAAAUCUACUUUUUAGAUUGGUGCUGGUGUAAGUAGCCACUUUUCUCUCUUGGGUGUGUAUUUUAAAGUUUUUUGUUUGUUUUUUUAAAUUAAUGCCAAAAAGAAAGCAUUAUAAUUUGUAAACUUAAUUAUAUGUCUUGUAUCUUACUAGCUUAGUAGUUGGAACCAGUUAGUCUUUAGGUGCAAGACUGUUGUAAUAGUACCAAGAAAAAAAAAGUUGUAUGUGUUAUGAGAUUGUACAUCUUUUUUUAAAAAAAGCAAUAUGCAAUAAAGAGAUGAAUUCAUUGGGUGUA